CCGAGGCGUGCCGAAGGUGAUGCUCACGCCAAUGUUUUUUCUUGUUUAUACCAUUUUGUCAAUUUGUUUACUGAAGUCAGCACCAUGAACGUUUCAAUUGUCCUCUUCCUGUCCUUGGUUCUUCAUGGUGUUGGGCUUGAUACACAUGAAGUGAAGUUAGUGACGGAGGGAGAAUCUGUUUCUCUAUACACUAAUGUCACUCACAUACAGACAGAUGAUGAGAUCGAGUGGAGGUUUGGAGAAAACGGUCCUCUCAUCGCCAGAAUCAAGAGAUCAGUUAAUAUUAAUCCCACAUAUGAAGAUAAUAAUGAGACUGAGAUAUUCAGAGACAGACUGAAGAUGAACUAUCAGACUGGAGAUCUCACCAUCACACACAUCACAUCUAAUCACUCUGGACUUUAUACACUGAAGAUCAAUAGAGACAAUACAGUAUCAUACGAGAACCUCAGUGUUAAGGUCUAUGCUCGUCUGCCUGUUCCUAUCAUCAGCAAACACUUGUCACAUUGUACUUCACUAUUUGAAAGUUUUCUACCUUCAGUCACAAAGUGUUCAGUUAUGUGUUCAGUGUUGAAUGUGUCAGAUGUGAAUGUCUCCUGGUACAAAGGAAAGAGUUUAUCGUCCAGCAUCAGUGUUUCUGAUGUUAAAACAACCGCAUCUUUGCAUCUGGAGCUGGAAUAUCAUGACAACAACACAUACAGCUGUGUCGUCAACAAUUCAAUCGCAAACCACACACAACAUCUGCACAUCACUCAAUUCUGUCACCCAUUUGCAAAUUUACAUCAGCUGCAGUGUCUUGCAUUUAUAGCUAUUUUUGGUGCGAUCUGCAUAAUCGUCACCCACUUUAUACACAAAAAGCAAGCUCAAAAAGUGUAUUCCACAAUACCUGUAGUGUAUAAAAAGUGUGAAGAAAGUAAAAUAAAUCCCAGCGACACGUUUGAAGAUGAAAAGGCAGUAAUGUGUCUGAAAGGACCGCAGGAUACCUUCACAGAGGAGACAACCGGCUGAAACUUUGACACAUGAAGUGAAAUAUUGUAAGACAUCCCCCUCCGAAAUUGACAUGCUUCCAUUUCCAUCCAAAGACAAAUCUUGUUUGUCACAGUCAACAGCUGCAGUGCCCUCUCACAUCCACUAGAGGGCACUCCCCUCUUCACCACUCACCAUUCAACUGGACUACAUUACCCAUAAACCCUUGCCCGGACUCAUCAUUACUUUCACCUGUGUCUUGUUAAAGGGUAGUUCAUCCAAAAAUCAACUUUGUGUGAAUUUUCACUCACCCACAUGACGUCACAUGUUAUGAGACCUCCCGGCGUCUUCGGAGCACAAAUGAGGUGACAUCCGAGGAUUUCUAGGCCUCCUCAUAGACAUCAUGAUGUCAGUUUCUGCCAAGGUCCAGAAAAGUGCUUAAGACAUGGUUAAAUUGGUCCAUCCACUCUUAGUGGCUCAGUUGAAUUUUCUGGGAGGGACGAGAAUGCUUUAUGUUUAAAAAACAAACCAAAAUAAUGACUUUACUGGAUAUAAUCUCAUGUAUGGCACGCGUCCAGGGGGGCACUUCUUCUUCAUCUUCUUCUUGGAUGAGAGCACUUUGAUGAUUAUGCGUCAGAGUGCUCUCAUCCAAGAAGAAGAGGAAGAAGAAGUGAUGUCUUUAGUACUUCUCUGGACCUUGGCAAAAACUGACACCUUGAUGUCUAUGAGGAGGACUGGAAAUCUCAGGGAUGGCACAUCUUCAUUUGUGCUCCGAAGAUGCCGGGAGGUCUCUAAACAUGUUCAACGUCAUGUGGGAGAGUGAAAAUAAAAAAAAGUUGAUAUUUGGCUGAACUUCCCCUUUAACUGUUGUUUCUCAGACCUAGUCUACACGAACACGGGGGUUUAUCCUUCUUCGUGAAAAAAAAACACGUCCACACGAGGUGUGGCGAUAUAACCCUGACCAUCAGCCAGCACGCAUUCCAAUGGCACAUGCCAGACCUCAGGUUUCACCGUCUACACAAAAACACAGAAACCAGAGUUUCUAAAAACCCUGGUAGUAGUUUUAAUAAAAGUUUGGUACUGAGUACUGAGUUUGUGUGUGGUAUUUGAAAAUAUCCAUGUUCGUGUGGGCUUUAGUCACUCAUGGUGAAGUCUUGUUAUGUAUUACAACUGCAUUUCUCUAUUGAAUAACUUGAAUAAACCUCA